UUCCAAACUUUAACACGCGAGCUAAAUGGACACUUCCGGCAAAGUAUCGUUAUAACUUUAUUUCCUCAACGACAGCGGUCAUCCAUUGUUCAUGGCAGUCAAGCGAGACCCAUAUAUUUCAGCUCAUAAAUCAUCCUCAUAGCCAACAUUACUUGCUUGUCCCUUCCCUAUCACAACAGAAACAUAGACUUGGCAACUUCUAGCUAGUCAGCAAUGGUUCUCAAACUCUACUCCCACGCAAUCUCCACCUCCGCUCAGCGUGUUAUCUGCGUUCUGGCCGAGAAAAAGAUUCCAUUCGAGAUUGUCGAGGUAGACAUCCUCAAAGGUGAAAACAAGGAGCCGGCGUAUAAGGAAAUGCAGCCUUGGGGUUUACUUCCUGUUCUGGAGGAUGACAACGGGUUUCGUCUGUACGAAAGUCGAGCGAUCUGUCGGUACAUUGCAGAAAAAUACGCGGACCAGGGAACGCAACUGAUUCCUACUCCUACGGACUUUGAAGCGAGAGGACUGUUCGAGCAAGGUCUGGCGAUGGAAGCUGGAACGGUGGAUCCCUGUGUCUUCGCAGCGCUGAAUGAAAAGCUCUUCAAACCAUUCAAGUCGGGAUUAUCUUGCGACGACGAGUUAUACACGGUCCUGCUCAAACGCGUCGAACUCGUUUUAGAUGUGUAUGAAGUGAUUUUGGGCAAGCAGAAAUACAUUGGAGGAGACCAAUACACCCUGGCAGACAUCUAUCACCUGCCCAAUGGGUAUACAUUGCAGACCCAGUGCGGUGAACUCGUAUUUUUGUCAGAGAAAAGGCCAAAUGUGGCGCGCUGGUGGACGGAAAUUACUGGAAGAGACGCUUGGAAGCAGGUGGGGGAGUUGAACAAGCCGGGAGUUCAUAUGUGGGAGUGAACGAAUACAUUGAUGGAGGGUUGAUGUGCAUUUUGUAAGAGAAAGAAGACAGAGAUCUUGUAGUCAACGGCAAUAGAGAAAG